GCAGAAACCAUGCGACUGUCCGUACUCGCCGCCUUUGCCUUUGCCGAGCAUGUCGCCGCGACGGCCCUGACCACCGCCAUCGCCGCCAACGAACGUCUCUGUUUCUACGCCGACGUAGACAAAGCUGGCGAGAAGCUCGGCUUCUACUUUGCCGUCCAGUCCGGCGGUUCCUUUGACAUCGAUUUCGAAGUCCGCGACCCCAACGAGAAGGUUCUCCUCGAUGGCCAGCGUGAGCGUCAAGGCGACUACGUGCUCACAGCCAAUACCCCCGGAGAAUACGCCUUUUGCUUUGAGAAUGACAUGAGUACCCUCACAGAAAAGCUCGUUGAUUUUGACAUCAUGGUCGAGAGUGAGCCCCGUCGCGAACCUCCCGCGCGCACAGCCCAGAUCUCCGAGCAGACAACCGCCCUUGAAGAAAGCAUCUUCCGUCUGAACGGCAUGCUCUUGAACAUCAAGCGUACGCAGAAAUACUUCCAUACACGCGAGAACCGCGGCUUCGACAUUGUUAAAUCAACUAUGAACCAGCUCUUCUGGUACGCCUCCCUGGAAGUCAUGGGCAUUGUUGGCAUGGCAGUCCUACAAGUCUAUGUCCUCCAGACAUUCUUCACAAAGACCGGGCGGCGGUAUAAAGUAUAGGCUUUAUCACUCCCUGAUUCCUAUACUCUCGAUUGCUCUCCCCUAGAUAUAUGCAUCGAUAACUAUGCUCUUCCUCUCCCUGCUUUGGAAAUCAUUUGUUGCCAUCUAUCCCUUCAGCAAGGGUCUUGCGGCUGCACAGCGGAGUAUGCUGUCCAGAAAUAUUACUUCUCACUGACAUGUCGGCCCAGGCAUCAUGUUAAUCCUUGAGGUACUAGAGAUGCUUGCAAUUGUGGAUGUACAAGGUUCCGAAUGGUCCUGAGACCUGAAGAGUGCCUGUUAAACCCAGGUCUUGUGCAGAGAGCAUGCAC